AUGUGGUCCCCCGGGCUCGCUGUUUUGUUCUUUCUAGCAUUGGCGACUUCCGCCCUUUGCUAUCCAACUGAAGUUUCGCCAUACACGAACCCAAUCCUGCCUGGAUGGCACUCUGAUCCGUCAUGUACCUAUGUCAAAGAAGAAGAUACCAUCUUCUGCGUGACCUCGACAUUCAUCGCAUUCCCUGGACUCCCAAUUUAUGCAACAAAAGAUCUGCAAAACUGGAAACAAGUUAGCAACGUCUUCAACAGACCCAGCCAAAUCCCAUCCCUUAGCGAUACCACAGGCCAACAAGGAGGAAUCUACGCACCAACACUCCGCUACCACGACGGAACCUUCUAUGUGAUAGUCUCAUUCCUCGGCCCAGAGAUCAAAGGCCUCGUAUUCACCUCAUCGGAUCCAUACAGCGACGCCGCAUGGAGCGAACCACUAGAAUUCUCCGUCCGGGGCAUCGACCCCGACAUCUUCUGGGACGACGACGGCACCAUAUACGUCACCUCAGCCGACGACGCCCGAAUCCAGCAUUACUCCCUCGACCUCCAAACCGGCGAAACAGGCCCCGUAACCUACCUCUGGAACGGAACGGGCGGUGCCUCACCCGAAGGACCCCAUCUAUACCGCAAAGACGACUUCUAUUACCUGAUGAUCGCCGAAGGCGGCACCGAACUCAACCACGCGGAGACAAUGGUCCGGUCCAAGAACCGCACCGGACCCUGGGAGCUAUGUCCCCAUAACCCAAUCCUAACGAACAGGAACACGACCCAGUACUUCCAAACCGUCGGCCACGCGGACUUGUUCCAAGACGGGACCGGAAACUGGUGGGCCGUGGCCCUCAGCACCCGGUCCGGACCUGAAUGGAAGAAUUACCCCAUGGGCCGCGAGACGGUUCUGGCCCCGGCCACCUGGGACGAAGGAGAAUGGCCCGUUGUCCAGCCAGUUCGGGGUCAGAUGCAAGGACCCUUGCCUCAAGAAAAUAAGGAAGCCAUAAAAGGAAAUGGAAGCUUUGUCAAUGAGCCGGAUCAUGUUACUUUUGCACCGGGCGAUUCUAUCCCAUCUCAUUUCUUGUAUUGGCGUUAUCCGAAGACUUCGGAUUUCGUUGUAUCCCCACAGGAUCACCCCAAUACCCUCCGUUUGACACCUUCCCCCUACAAUAUCACUGGAAAUGCCUCCUUCCCUCCAGACCAGGGUAUAACUCUCUUAACCCGUCGCCAAACAGAUACCCUAUUCACCUACAGCGUGGACAUCGCAUUCGACCCUCAGGUUCCUGAUGAAGAAGCCGGUGUCACCGUCUUCCUCACACAGGAGCAGCACAUCGACCUGGGCCUUCUAUUAUUGUCAUCGCAAAACGGAACAUCCUCUCCGGCAUUCCGACUCCGGGUCGAAGGCCACGGGAACUACGAGGGCUCACUUCCGGGAAAGAUCGUCCCUGUUCCAGAGGGGUGGAGGGGAGAGCCGAUCCGGUUCCAGAUUCAGGCUGUGAGUGAUACUCAGUAUGAAUUUUCGGUUGCGUCGGCCAAGACGCCGGCACAGAGGGCGGUCGUUGGGUAUGCGGAUUCGAGGAUUGUUAGUGGAGAUACCGGAAGGUUUACUGGUACGCUUGUUGGAGUUUAUGCCACGAGUAAUGGUGGAUCAGGAACUACAGAUGCGUAUAUCAGUAACUGGAGAUAUGAGGGACAAGGGCAGAAGAUUAAUUGA